CAGCUUCGACGCCACCUCCGCUAGAGAGAGAGAGAGAGGGGAGGGAGAUGGGGAAGUCGCACCCGAACCCGAUAGUGUGGAUCUACGUAGCCCUAACUCUUUUCGUCGUCCUCCUCCUCUCCUUCGCCCCCACCCAUCACCACCUCCGCCCACACCGCCGCCUCAAGCUCCGCUCCUCCUUCGCCCCCCGCGGCGACGGCGGAGGAGGAGGAGGAGGGCACCAGGUCCCCUUCGAUCCGCUCAUCGCCGACAUCGAGCGCCGCCGCGAGGAUCGGGAGUGGGAGCGCGCGCACUACAACUUCAGCCAUGGCGGCGGCGGCGGUGGAGAGGGAGAUGCGGCGCCGGGAAUGGAGUCGCAGCCCGAGUGGGAGGAGUUCAUGGACGCCGAGGACUACAUCAACGACGAGGAUCGCUUCAACGUGACGCGCCGCAUCGAGGAGCUCUUCCCCAAGGUCGACGUGGCGCCCGCGGACGGGGCCAUCACCGCGGAGGAGCUCACCGAGUGGAACCUCGCCCAGGCGCAGCGCGAGGUUAUGCAUCGGACGCAGCGGGAUUUGGAGCUCCACGACAAGAACCGCGACGGAUUCAUCUCCUUCGCCGAGUACGAGCCCCCCAGUUGGGCCCAUACAUUCCACGAAAAUAACACAACAAAUGAUGGGAUGGGUUGGUGGAAAGAGACCCACUUUAAUGCUUCUGAUGUGGAUGGUGAUGGCCUUCUUAAUCUAACAGAGUUCAAUGACUUCUUACAUCCAGCAGACAGUGCCAAUCCAAAGAUUAUACAUUGGUUGUGUCAAGAAGAGAUCAGGGAAAGAGAUCAGGACAAAGACGGCAAGCUUAAUUUUCAAGAAUUUUUCAAUGGAUUGUUUAGCUUAGUACGUGCUCAUGAUGAAGUCGAGACUACUUCGCAUGAAACUGAUAGCUCCGGGGAGGCUCCUGCUAAGAAGUUGUUUUCACAGCUUGACAAGGAUAAGGAUGGGCUGUUGUCCGCAGAUGAACUGAAGCCUGUAAUUGGUAAUAUUCACCCAUCUGAACAUUACUAUGCAAAGCAGCAGGCUGAUUAUGUGCUUUCACAGGCGGACACUGACAAAGAUGGGCGUCUCAGUUUGAAAGAGAUGAUUGAGAACCCCUAUGUGUUUUAUAGUUCCAUAUUUGCUGAGGAUGAUUAUGGAUAUCAUGAUGAAUUUCGCUAGCUCUCUGAAGCCUUUCGAUGAUUGCAUCAAAUUUUCAGGAAGCAUAAUUGUCGCCAUCAGUUUGGUGCUACUUAAGAAGCCAUUUUCCUUUUCAGAUUGAAUUGAGCUUUACAUUAUCUCAUCAGCGUCAAAUUCAGCUAAUUCUCUGGCCUGGUCGCUUUGAGACCCUCGAGCUAUAUCAUGUUUUUUAAUUCUUUGUAGUCAAGUUUGUUUUAUCCUAGAAAGACUGAAAACCUACUGCAAAAAAUGGGGCAUGCAUGUACAAUAGAGACAGAAGAUGUAUAUUUAUCUGAGGUUUAAUCAUUGUUAUUAAUUAGUUUGUAAAGGUAUGAUAAUCAUAUCUUUUGGUUCUUCCAAACUUUUCUGUUGCUGUAUGGGUAUAUGAAAAGAAAAGCUGGAAACUUUUGCCUUGAGGAAA